AGCUGCCAGCAGUGAGCCGGGUGCCCCCCACCCCCCACCCGAGACCCUGCUUCAACCAGCGGCGUCCCCGCGCCCAGACCCCGCGCGCCCAGCCUGCCAGCGGCGCUGUCCCUGCUGCCCCAGCCGAGCCAGGGGAGAGGGCGCUGCUCGGAGCAGACGGUCCUUUGCCUCCCAGCUGUGCCCGGGGAGGGGUCGGAGGCGGGUCCGCUUCAGCCCGGCUCCUCCCGGUGGCUCCGGCUCCCCCGAGAUGAGCAGCCCCGAUGCGGGAUACGCCAGCAGCGACGACCAGACGCAGGCAAGGUGCUCGCUCCCCAUCAUGAUGCCGGCCCUGGGUCCCUGCCAGUGGGCAGAGUCCCUGAGCCCCCUCGCAGACGCCAAGGUGAAGAGUGAGGCGGCCCCGGCGGGGGCUGCGAGCAGCCGGGCCAAGAGCGAGUCCCGCAUCCGCCGGCCCAUGAACGCCUUCAUGGUGUGGGCCAAGGACGAGCGCAAGCGGCUGGCGCAGCAGAACCCGGACCUGCACAACGCGGAGCUCAGCAAGAUGCUGGGGAAGGCCUGGAAGGCGCUGUCGCUGGCGGAGAAGCGGCCGUUCGUGGAGGAGGCGGAGCGGCUGCGGGUGCAGCACAUGCAGGACCAUCCCAACUACAAGUACCGGCCGCGCCGGCGGAAGCAGGUGAAGCGCCUGAAGCGCGUGGAAAGCGGCUUCCUGCCGCACGGGCUGGCCGAGGCGCCGGGCGCCGGGCUGGCCAGCGAGGGCAGCAGGAUGUGCGUGGAGAGCCUGGCCCUGCCCUACCCGGAGCAGGGCUACCCCGCCGUGCAGAGCGCGCUGCCCCCGGCGCUGGGCCACUACCGGGACUGCCAGCCCCUGGCUGCCGCCUUCGACGGCUACAACCUGCCGACCCCGGACCCCUCCCCGCUGGACGCGGCGGAGAGCGAGCCGGCCUUCUUCACGCCGCCCCUGCAGGACGAGUGUCAGCUGGCGCCCUACGCCUACCCCGCGGCCGAGUACCCCGCGCACGGCGCCGAGAGCCAGGCCGGCGCCGCGCUCCGCAGGCACCUGCCCCGCGCCGAGCCGCUGGGCCAGCUCAGCUCCCUGCAGAGCCUGCUGGGCUGCCAGGGCCCCCUGCACGCCUACUACGGGCAGCUGUGCCAGCCCGCCGGCCCGGCCCGCGCUCCCCAGCACCCGCCGCAGCCCUGCCAGCCCUCGCCGCCGCCCGAGGCGCAGCAGUGCAGGGAGCCCCUGGAGCACCUGUCGCAGGACGACCUGCUGGGCGACGUGGAUCGCACCGAAUUCGAGCAGUACCUGCACUUCGCCUGCAAGCCCGAGCUCGGGCUCCACUUCCAGGGCCACGAAGCCGGCCUGCCCGCGCCGGACGCCCACGGGCCCAUCUCCUCGGUGGUUUCGGAUGCAAGUACUGCUGUGUAUUACUGCACUUACCCAGACGUCUAAGACUCGCAGUCGCGGGGACUGUGGCGGACUCCCUGGCGCUGGGAAGCCUUGGACAGAAGGGUGUGUGCUUUGCUCCUAUUUAUGUAAUUUAUUGGAAUCUUGAGAACUGCCAGUUGACAGAGACCCGCUCAAGGUUUGAGAGACAGCUCUCCAUCUGAUCCCCACGUGGUGCAAUUCUGGUGUUUCAUCCUGAACUGAACAUUAAAACUAUUUAAACUUCAGAUAGCUGCACAGUUGGACUGUAACUUAUCAGCUCCUGGAAGAGUUCACGAUGCUGUUUAAAUGUUGUGACUGUUCGAUUUUAUACAUAUGGAAUUUGGGUUUUGUACAGACUAAUUUUGCACUUUUACAAAUAAAGGGAAAAAUAAUAAAAUUGUUCAUUUUUAUAUCCCCUUA